CUGAGUUUUAUUGGAUUUUCUGAACAUUCUUUCAAUGAAAAUAGCAGUAAAAUAAUUUCUUUUUUCUCUCGGGAGUAUGCAGCUCUAAUUACAUUGAAUUCAGAAGAUUAUUUUGUUGUUUACAAACGAAAAGAAAUAUAUGGGCCGCCAAGCGGGCACUUGUCACUGAAAUGUACCUAAAAUGAAUUUUAUGAAGAAUAUAUCCCUUUGAUUGACGUUGCCGCAAUACCUUGCUACCAACGGAGGAAAACAAAGUGAAUAAUAAAUACAAGAAUUUCCUUCUAAAUUGACUCUGUAAUAGAGUCUUCCUUCCUAUCCAUAUCUUUACCAUAAUUUUGUUAACAAAUUACAAGUUUCAUACAUUUAUUUUGAUUUGUAGAAAAUAUUUCAUAUCUUACAGGGCACUUAAAGAUGGCAUCUUGUACUCCUGCAAGAAAAAAGCAAGCAAGAUUUUCUGUGGCUGAUGAUAUUAAACUGCUAAGGGAGGUCACAUUAGACAAUCCAUUCCGAAAUAAAGGGAAGUGGAUAGAGAUAGGCGAAAAACUCUCGACAACAACCUUCCAAAUAGAUGGGAGACGGGCUAGAGAGAGGACCAACUUGUUAAUUACCCAAUUCAAAAAAGAUAAUAGGGAAAACUUGAAAAAAUCAGGUAUAAAUGAGGAAUAUAGCGAAAGAGAAAUUUUACUGGAGGAGGUGAUAGGGUUGAUGGAGGAAGAAGAGAGGAAAAAGGAUGCAGAUAAAGAAAAAACAGCUUCCCUAGAAAAGGCUUCCCUUGACAUUAGAAAAAGGGCAUUAGAAACCCUGACACCCACAAAAGAUUGUGAUGCAGAAGAAGCUAUUAGACCAAAGAAAUCAAAAUCAUCCAACAACAUUCUUUCUUAUCUGCAAGAAAAGAAGGAAGUAGAGAUGGAAAUAAGGAAAGAGGAGAUGGAAAUGAAGAAACAACAACUACAGUUUGAGAGGGAGAAAUUUGAGUUGGAGAAAAACGAGAGGAGACAAAGAAUGGAUAUUGAAAGACAGGAAAAGAUGAUGAUUUUUGAAAUGUUUAGAAAGCUCGCGGACAAGAACUGAAUUAGCUGAUAUUUUUGUGAAUAGGAAAAAGAAAUUUUCUGAUAUUAUACAAAAUAUUGAUUACUCUAAAUUUGCUGUAAUUUUUCAUCAUCAUUGUGUCAUAUUGUGCGAUUCGAUAAUGAGAUAGUAAAAUGCUUGGUUUAAUUUUGUUUUGGUGGGUUGUUGACUCAUGGUCUCCUUGAAAUAAGAUGCCACAA